CUGGGUUCUGAUUGGCUACAUGAAUGAGCCGCUCGACCGGGUGAGGAGAUCAGAAACUAGGCGAGGGAAGCGUCUUAGUUUCGGGGAGCCGUUCGUGACUGGAAGGGUCUCAUUCGCUGCCUUGAGGAAGACUCCCUCGUUAAGAGUCGAAGCUUUGACAAGUUAACAUUCCCUGCUUCACCCCGGUUACAAAAAGAAUGAAAGAUAUCUCUGAUAUAGAUUCUUUGGCUACAAGGCUAAAAAAUACAAUGAUUCAGUAUCAUAACAUUGAGGACAAUGAAUGGAGAGUUACUAGGAAAACAAAAGAUAUUACUGUUUGGCGUAAGCCAUCAGAAGAAUUCAGUGGGUAUCUCUAUAAAACACAAGGUAUUGUGGAAGAUGUUACCAAUAGAAUAAUAGAUCACAUACGUCCUGGACCUUAUCGGAUCAGCUGGGAUAGUCUGAUGACCACAAUGGAUAUUGUUGAAAAGUAUGAAGAGAAUUGCUGUGUAAUGCGUUAUACUACAGCUGGUCAAAUAUUGAACAUCAUUGCACCAAGGGAGUUCAUUGAUUUCUCCUACACAACCAGUUGUGAAGAUGGACUGCUGUCAUGUGGUAUUAGCCUGGAUUACGGUGAAGUAAGGCCAAGUUUUGUUCGAGGGUUUAACCAUCCUUGUGGCUGGUUCUGCUUUCCACUCACGGACAAUCCAAGACAUAGUCUUUUGGUUGGCUUUAUCCAGACAGACCUGCGUGGGAUGCUCCCACAAUCAGUAGUAGACACAGCUAUGGCUGGCACACUGAUCAAUUUUUAUUCUGAUCUUAAGAAAGCUCUGAAGGCAUAAUUAGUGCAAGCACAAAUUAUCUGUAUCGUUCAUAAUCUUUUUCUGUUUUAAUACACACACAUACACAGAUAUUUCAUAUGAAGACCUGUGGUUUUCCAUAUUAGAUACAAUAGUUUUAUUUUCACAGAUCAAUAUAUUUAUUUUAAAAUUUCAGUUGAGAUGAUUGUUCUAAAGUAAUAUCCAUGUUUAUGUUUGAAAAGAAGCACAUUUCCUAAUUUUAAGACUUGAGUUGUAUUAAUUACUUUAGUCUCUUGAACUAGAACUUUUUAUAGUUGUGGAAAGUGUUUUAUCAGGGUAUUAAUUUCAAGGUUUAUAUUUCCUAACAGCAUGUUAGGAAAUCAAAAACCAAUGUAAUUUGUGUUGGGGAACUUCUUUCCUAUUGCCUUCUACACAUCUCUGCUGCAAAGCUUCUGCUAUUCUUGGAGUUUUAAACAUACUUUAGGGCCCUUCUGUUCCAGAGCUCUCACUUGAACCUCCAUGGCUCAAAGCCUAGUUCCCCUUGGUGCACUGAAGGUAAUAGGAAUACGAAUAUGCAGCUGCCAUUAUUCUGAAUGCACAGAGACCUGUUUUUAUGGACUUAAGAAGUCUGCAGUUUCACAAGUAAGGUUUUAGGUUAAGUUCACGUACUUAGAGUUAUCCAGACAAUGUGUGCAAUGGCACACAUUUCAGUGCAGCAGAAUUGGUAUGUUUUGGAGCUCUUCUUGCCAGAUUGGGAAUACUGCAACACAUAUAGUUGCACAUUUGUUUUAGAAAAGCUAUUAUGCAUCAUAGAUCUCAUCUGGGUGCCAGAUGUGUAUAUCUAGUUAUAAUACAGUGAGAACAGAAAUUGUAUUCCCAAUCAUUGCCUUGAGGGGCACUAUAACUGAAUUACGAUGUAAGUAAUGAAAUCCGGUAUUGUGCUGCAAAAGCUGAGUGACUUGAAUGAUUUUUGAGGACUUUUAUCAUCUCUUUCAAAAUUGUGGCAUGUUGUACUUUCAAGCUUUAAGGGUUUUUUUUAAAAAAAAAUUAACCAUUUAAGAUGCUUAUUUGAAAAUUGUACAUGAUUUCUAUGAUUUAAAGCCUGACAUUUUAAAUCAUCUUCUUUGUUUAAUGUCGUUUCAGUGGAAAGCUAUAUGGAUGAUAGGAAUAUGAAACACACUGUGUAGUCAAAUUAUACAUUAUAAGAAGACUAAGGCCAUCCAUUUUUAUGGUACAUGACUUUAUAGUAGCAAGGGAGAUAGCAAUGUUUUCAAUGAGAGAAAAUAGAGUAAUAUACUUGGUUUAUGUUAUUCUAGCACCAUCUGAGGAUGUAAAUAGGGGAUACUAAAGAAUGAGCUCAUAGAUGGGAGACUAAAAUUGCUAUAAAUGCUUUACCUCAGCUUCUACUUGUUCAGUCAUGAAUAGAAUAAAAUAUCCUGAUCUGUAAAGGGCUUCCAAAGGAUCCAGAUUUAAUUCAUCAGUUACCUAAGAUGUUGCUGCUGCAGAUGUGAUCACACAUCAAACCAAUAAGGUUUCACCACAGUUGCUUAUUCCAAUUCAAAGAACAGAAGCAUGGGUUUUGGCAGAUGAACUUAAUGCAUAGUUUGGAAACUCCAUAGGAGACCUCAGCCUGAAAGAGUUAAUUAAUUAAUUCCAAUUCCUAAUUUUGCUUUGCAGGUAUGAGAAAAUAUCAGUGAUGCUAUUGGCACAAUCCAAAAGAUACUGCUAAUAUUAAUACUAACUCUAAAUCAUAGACUCCUUAUUAAUGGCAGCUGAAAGCACUGCAAUUUAUAGUCACCACACCUGCAGCACUUCUAUAGUGUUGGUUUACAUGUACAGCAUUGGGAAAAUUACAUCAGCAACAGGAAGUAGUGCUAGAUUUUCUCAUGCAGCUGUGAAUUUGUAUAAAAAAAAAUCUACUUCUGCAUUAUUAUGAACAGCUGAACAUAAGGGCUAUAUUCACAUAAAUCAGAACAUUAAUGACCCAUCCCCAUGAACUGUCAUUUAAAUAGAUAAUUCACCUUGCUUGUUUGUUGUGUGGUAGCUGGCAUAUAAUAUUUUUUUUCAGGAAAAAACCAUUAUGUAUUUCAUUAUUUGAUAGCAAAGCAAAUGCCUAAUAAAUGGUAUCUAGGCUCAGAAAGUGUUGUAAAUAGCAUGCUGGUAGUAAAAAUGAUAACAUUACCUGAAGUUACAUACAUAAUUGAUUGCUUUCAGGUUAAAUCUAAAAAAUUAAUCUAAUUGAAUUGUGAAUAGAUGGCAAAAUUACAGUAACUUAUUAAAUGCAUGCAGGCCACUGUGUCUGUAAUGUUCAAGCCAAAAUCAGAAUCUUAGAUUCAACUAGAAGAUGCUUUUUAAAAAAUGUGCAUACUGUAGAGUCUAGUAUUUGCUCCAGUACCUCUAUAAUAGAAAUAAAAUCUGUUAACAGAUUUCUAAUUUAAUGGUGCUAGCUUUGCUUUUUCUGUCUGUUGAUAAUGAUAAAGUUUGUCUUAGACUUUCAACUGUUAGCUAGUUGUAGCUUAGGAGUUUGAUUGCAAAGAAACUGCUCAACCCUCAAUAGUCUCAGAAUGUCUGCAGAUUCUGGUAGAAAAUUGUAGCAAAAUAUUUUCUUUUAUGACUUCUUUAGUAAAGGACUGAAUACAUAGUUGAUACUGUGUAUACUCAUAUAUUUUAUAUGGUUUUUAAUUAUCUAGACCUGGGAAUUUGUUUUCAAGAAGCUUCUAUUUUAUGAGGAAGGGAGGAGUAUGCAGAUGUUUCAAUUCUCCCAUGCUUUCCCACUACUUUUGUUUUAGCCAAGGGAAUGAUGUAUUACCUGCACAAUCUAUCUUUUGAUUGGUGGCAUUAAGAGCCAUCACUCUGAAAGCAUCCUAUUACUGCACCUUUUCUUUUUUCCCUUAAGGGGUACAGUCAUUUGUCAUUGGAAGAAAAAUGAGAUGAAUGUAAACAACCUGCUAAAGUUCCCGUGAGUUGAUGGCUCUCCAGACUCAGCUAGUAAAAUCCAUUACUCUUCAGUAUGAUUUAGGAAUGUCAUUAAACUGGAUGGUAUACAGGCUUCAUUCAGCAUUUUUUCAGAAACAAAAUUAUAAGUUUUUAAGAAAUAGUGCUUCUUCAUGCUUCCUCUUUUGUUCUCUGCUUAGGAAGCAUUCAGAUGACAAUCUGGCAGAAUAUAAUCCUAACUGGUAUACUAUUGAUCUGAUAUUUUGGUCAAUUUAAAUAGAUGUUUGGAAAUCACUUUGCUGGCUCAAGUGAGAAUUCCAUUUAAGGUAAAGAAAAAAAAAUAGAUGUAAGAAGGAUGUUUACAGUGUAAGAACAAAUGCAAAUUGUGUUGCAUUGCUAUUCUGUAUUAGAGAUGACUUAUAUUUAUGUAUUAAAGUGUUUAGAUCAAAAA